GUCAGCAAAAGUGAUACUAGCCAAGUUAGUAUCGAAAGUUCUGUCCAACUGUCCAAUAAUGGUCCUCAUGAAUGGUGGAGAAUCAAUUCCAAUUCCUAGUUGGCUAAGCGAUGAAUAUCUUCUUUCGGUGGUUCGAAGUUUUAGAAAUGAUCCUACGAUAACGCUUUGUCACGGAUGUAAACUACGGUAUGUUAGUGAUCCUGGAAUUUUCCGCGCUGUUAUGCACUAUCGCUCCCAAAAGUAUGCAUUGGAACAGGCCUCGAAUUUAGUAUUAAUUUUGGGAUCUGAUGAAGGCGAAGAAGUUGAGGAUAGGGCUUUCGCCGCUCAGGUUCAGAAAUAUGGAAAGAUUCUUCCAGCGAUUGCAAAAAUGCUCCAUGAUGUUGGAGAAGAGUUUACCCAUCCAAGCCUCGUACUUUCAACCUACAAACCUCACCCCGUUAUAAUCCUAGAGGAACCAGGAAUCAGAGGCUGGACCCCGAGUUGGGAAACCUUUGAAAGUUACGAGGAUGUGCUGUCGACGUUAAAGCGAGUGGCACAAUUUCAUGCCGCUUCCUACAGUAUUCACCGGACAACAAUUAGCCUGGCAAACUUCGGGGAGGCUGCUCCGCCAGCCGAUCACCAGGAACUUUACGGAAGUUUCCGGGGAGAAUUUUCCUACUUCUGCAAUUCCGCACCUGAGUGGAUUUGGAACGAAACGCUGGAAAGCAAACUUCGAAUGCUGAAUAAACGGUCAACCGAUCGAUUGGCGGAAGUCUACAAACCGAGCCGUACAGCAUUGGGGUUCAAUGUUCUUAAUUUUGCUGACAUCGAGUUGAGGACCGUGGCUCGCAAGAUGCAUUCAACGGAUUUGGGAGCCGAUUUCCAGAACUGUUUCUGGGGCUCACCCGCAAUCGACCUUUUCUGUUUAUUGAACGUUACCAUUAGCCGAAGCUUGAAAAGAUCGCACCGUAAUCAGCUAAUCCAGCAGUACCAUUACUUUUUUCUGGAGACUUUAACAAAACUAGGGUACCUUGGUAUUACACCAUCGCUGAUCGAUCUGCAUGUGGAACUUCUAAGGAAAGGGUUUUUGGAUCUGCUGCUUGAAGUCGGUUACGAACCGUUGAUGAAUGCAUGCGAAAUCAAUAAAACUACGUUGCAGGAACUUCAAUCUGGCUCCACGCCUAGGGAAUCCACCAAAGAUGAAUCUAAGCAGGAAUACUUCCGACAACAUUUAAAAACCUUACUCUAUAAGGGUUUGUUAGAUGUAAUCCCAUCGGGAGAGAUUCAAAGACGAGUCAUGGAGCAAAACAGUAUAUUUCCACGAGAGAUCUCAAUCUACAGGGAUAUCCUGCCGAAGGUCCACGGUCUCUUGCAAAGUAUCGGUUACAGCACACUCAUCUCACCGAGGUGCACAUUCACUACAGAUGAUCCAAAAACGAUGCUGGUCUUCGAGGAUCUCCGGCAAGCCGGUUAUCAAAUGGUAGAUCGUCGAAAAGGUUUAGAUUUGGAGCAAACGCGAUUAGUACUCAGCAAACUAGCCAAAUUACACGCUUGUUCCGCUGUAAUCUACCGAGAAGAUCCUACGACUAUGGCAGCUAUGAUGGAGGGACCCAUCAGUACAAAUCCGAAUCGACAGGACUUCCUGGUAUUCUACAAGAUGUGUGCCAGAAUGAUUGUACGGUUGGUGGAAAGUUGGAAAGAUCCCCAGUUCGAUGAGAUUCUGUUGAAGCUUCGUAAUCUCCCAGCUCGUGCCAUCGAAAAGGGCUGUCAAGUUUACACCCGGGAUGAAAGUUCGUUCAACGUUCUGACCCACGAUGAUGUUUGGACCAGCAAUUUGAUGUUUAAAUAUAGGGAUGGAAGCCUGGACGAUGUCUUGUUGUUCGAUUAUCAGCUUGCCUAUUUCGGAUCCCCGGGGGUAGAUUUGAACUACUUUCUCGAAGGAUCGGUCCGGAAUGAUGUUCUAUUUGAAUUCCGGCUAAAUUUUAUUAGGGAAUACUAUGAUGAGCUUGUCGAAACCCUGCAAGAGCUGAAUUAUUAUGGUAAAUUUCCGUCACUACAAGAUAUUCACGUGGAAAUUACUCGUACUGGAUAUCACUGUGUCAACGCGGUGUUCUGUCUGCUGCCGCUGGCCAUGAUGGAAGACUCGGAAAACGCCGCCAUGGAUGUGUUCCUGCGAGAUAACGAAGCGGGAGAAAGCUUUCGGUGGCAGAUCUUCACCAAUCCUCGGUUGGAGCCGAUUCUGAAGAAGGACCUGGUGCGCUUCCAUUUGUUGGGAUAUUUUGAUUAGCUUUAUGUAUGUAGGUUAUGGAAUUUUGGAGAUGUCCUAGAAAAAAUAUUUAAAAGUUAUUCAGCAAUCAUUGGAUGUAUGUUUUUUAA